AUGACUAUACGACGAGGCCAUUUUGGCUCGUUCUUUUUUAUUGCGGUACUUGCCUUGGUCGGCGGCCUUUUACUUUCAUGUAGAGUUUACGCCAAAUUGGUUGACAGUGAUAAUGUACAGUUGGUUGAGGUUGAGACCGUCAGCGAAGUACAAGUAACCGUUCAAACUACUCGUAUCGGAGAGGUCUCUGAAGAAGUCUCGGAAGAAGUUUCGGAAGAAGUCGAUAAUUUCCAACAAGGACUUGAUGAAAUAAGACACGGUCUAGAAGAUAUUAAGGAUGGUUUAACCGGCAUAUUCGGGCACGAAAUUGAUGUUAUUAAAGAUUAUUUUAAGCCAAAAAAAGGCAACCAAAAUAAAAGCUGGGCCAAAAUUUUGACACAUGGUGAUUUCCCAGACUACGAUAUCAAGCUGAAGAAGCCAAAAUUAUGCGAUUCUUCUGUCAAACAGUAUUCGGGUUAUCUUGAUACCAGUUCAGAUAAGCAUUUCUUCUUUUGGAUCUUUGAGUCUCGUAAUAAUCCGAAAACUGAUCCAAUUGUUCUUUGGCUCAACGGUGGCCCAGGCUGCAGCUCUUUAACCGGAUUAUUCUUUGAAUUGGGGCCCUGUAUGGUGAAUGAGGAUGGCAGUGAUACAACUAUUAAUCCAUAUUCUUGGAAUAACAAUGCAACAGUCAUUUUCUUGGAUCAGCCCACGAAUGUUGGAUAUUCUCAUGGUGACGGCGUAUCGAAUAGCCUUGCGGCAGCCAAGGACGUUUAUGCUUUCCUCCAAAUCUUCUUUAAAGAAUUCACCAACUACGCAAACCUAGAUUUCCAUAUCGCCGGUGAAUCUUAUGCUGGUCAUUACAUUCCAGCUAUUGCCACAGAGAUUAACAACAAUAACGAAGGAACCUCUGCUUGGAUUCAAUCCGUCAAACCAAAGAAUCUUAAGCAUAUCAAUCUUGAGUCUAUAUUGAUUGGAAAUGGCCUUGUCGACCCAUUAGUACAAUACGAAUAUUAUCCUGAUAUGGCGUGCAACUCCACCUAUAAACCCGUAUUAGAUGAAGCGACUUGCGAUAAAAUGCGAAAAGCGUACCCAACAUGUGCACGCUUGAUCAAUAACUGUUACAAGUCCCAGAAUGUAUUUAAUUGUUUACCGGCCACGUUGUAUUGUAACAAGGGAUUAAUCCAGCCGUAUCAAGCCACUGGUCAAAAUAUCUAUGACGUUCGAAAGAAAUGUGAGGGAGGUGGCUUGUGUUAUCCGAUUCUGGGAGCGAUUGAAACUUAUUUGAAUAAAAAGGAGGUUAGGGAAGAACUUGGCGCUGAAGUUAAAGGGUAUAAAAGCUGUAAUAUGGAAAUUAAUUUCAGAUUCCAAAUGGCAGGAGAUUGGAUGCGUCCUUUCCACCUUUUGAUUCCACCACUUUUGGCGAAUAAUAUUCGUGUUUUGAUCUAUGCUGGUGAUGCCGACUUUAUUUGUAAUUGGUUCGGCAAUGCAGCUUGGGUCAAUCAACUUGAAUGGCCGGGUAAAGAUGGCUUCAACACAGCCACUAACAAAGAUUGGAUUAUUGAAGACGGAAGUGAAUCCGUAGCCGGAAAAGUACGAUCUUAUAGAGGACUAACUUUUCUACAGAUCUUUGAAGCGGGACAUAUGACUCCAUAUGAUCAACCAGCUCCGAGUUUAGAUUUCUUCAAUAGGUGGAUUCAACAACGAGAAUUGUGA